AUGGCAACUGUAAUCGUCAGACUCCUUUUUGAUGCAUGGACCGUCCUAUCGUGGGCUGCGUCGGCUAUUUUUGAUUCCAUCGCCUGGUCGCUCGCAUGGUUGCCCUACGUGUUGAUGUUUGGAAGUUUGCCAGCUUUCGUCUUCUGGAGGCUCAAAAUUGACGCGGUCAAAGCUUUCUAUUCAAAUAUGUGCACGCUUCUCUGGACGCAUAUUGGCGCUAUGUUCAUCCGGGUUGUCGAUGCAUUCGCCUCAUAUAUCGUCAGCACAUUCCGAUGGCGCUGCUUUCACUUCAGCAGCUGCACUUGCUUCGAUGGACAAAUAACGACUAAAGAGCAUGGGGAAGCUCUGGCGGAAUUGAGAGCAUCAUUACAGAAAGCACUGAAAGAUUUGACUAUUCAAAAAUCAAAAUUACGGCUAUCGAAUUUCACAUCCCGGCUCUGGCGUCGACGAACCAGAGAAGCAGAUGAGAUAGUUGCCACAUGUCAGAGAGACCACAUCGAUUUCGUAGGCAUCAAAAAAGCUAACAAACGCUUCCAGACUCUUGUUAGUGAUCUGGAGAGGGAGAAUGCGGAUCUAAGACUCAAUUAUAAUCUUGAAAGGAAGAAUAUAAAGGUCCACGUCCGCUAUUCGACAACCUUCCCAGCAAUCUAG